AUGCGCGCAGCGGCGAAAAUAUUCUACCUGGCUGUAUUCGGCUUCAUGAGCCUGGCCGGUGCUGAUCAGCACUACCACAGCUAUGACACUUGCGCGAUCGACCCCAAAUCCAUGGUUUCGGACGCCUGCGUUUCCUACCACACAGUCGAUUCCAUCAACGACCAAGUUUACAGCCUCCUCCAGUCCAUUACGCAAGAAACAGACUUCUUCUCAUACUACCGUCUCAACCUCUUCAACAAAGUAUGUCCGUUCUGGUCAGAUUCCGAGAGCAUGUGCGGUAAUAUCGCAUGCGCGGUGAAUACUAUAGACUCGGAAGAGGAUAUUCCGUUGACGUGGCGCGCGGAGGAGCUGAGUAAACUUGAGGGCCCCAAGGCCGGUCAUCCGGGCCGUAAGCAACAACAUGAGAGGCCACGGGAUCGGCCGCUGCAGGGAAUGCUGGGAGAGAACGUUGGGGAAAGUUGCGUGGUCGAGUACGAUGAUGAGUGCGAUGAGCGGGACUACUGUGUUCCUGAGGACGAGGGGGCUAGUGGAAAGGGUGACUAUGUCAGCUUGGCGGACAACCCGGAGCGAUUCACGGGGUACGCUGGAGCUGGUGCGCAUCAAGUCUGGGACGCCAUCUACCGUGAGAACUGUUUUGUGAAGCCGACUCCGGAACUUGAACAGUCCUCCUUCUCUCCGAUGGGUGGGUUUGGUGGUGGACUUCAGGCUGGCGGGCUUCAGGCUGUGCAGGAUUUCCGAAACGUGCUCGAGAAGGAAUUGAAACGGCCUGAAUUGUUGCCGCUGGAUAAUGAGUGUGUUGAGAAGCGGGUCUUCCACCGUCUCAUUAGCGGAAUGCAUGCGUCUAUCUCAACACAUCUAUGCUGGGAUUACCUCAACCAGACAACUGGACAGUGGCAUCCCAACCUUCAAUGUUUCGAGGAACGGAUCCACAAUCACCCAGAGCGCAUCUCGAACCUUUACUUCAACUAUGCCUUGGUAUCUCGUGCGGUGUCUAAGCUACGGAAGCAUCUUGAGGGCUACACGUACUGUCUCGGCGACCCGGUACAGGACCGAGAGACCAAAGAGAAGAUGUCGCUCCUAACAUCUACUCUUGCGGAACGUCCCCAGAUCUUCGACGAGAACGUCAUGUUCCAAGACCCCAACGCUCUAGACCUCAAGGAAGAUUUCCGGAACCGAUUCCGAAAUGUGAGCCGACUGAUGGACUGUGUCGGAUGCGACAAAUGUCGACUUUGGGGUAAGCUCCAGGUCAACGGCUACGGCACCGCACUGAAGGUUCUUUUUGAGUACGACGAGACGAAGAAUGGCGAAAACCCUCCUCUGCGCCGAACUGAACUGGUAGCUCUGAUCAACACUCUGGGCCGCAUUUCCCACAGUAUUGCUGCAGUUCGAAGCUUCCACCGCGCCAUGGAUGUUACGGAUGGUCAAGUCUUCGCUAUCGCUGCAGGCUCGGGAGCACUGAAGGGUCACAAGGGUCAGACAGUUCGGCGUCUAGUCAAAGACGGUGGCUCAACUUUCUACUACGAAGGAGGCACCGAUGAUGAUUAUCAGUACAUCGUCAAAGAUCGCCCUUGGGAGCGCACCCGCGUAAGGCGCAAGGACGAAACGAUCAUGGAGAGCGUCAAGGCUGAGUUCGGCGUGGUACGGGAUACUGCUCUCUUCAUUCUCAAGAGCUGGUACAAUAUCCCCUGGACAUUCUGGGAACUUGGAGUUCUCGAGGUUAACCGCCUCUGGGCCUACUGGCUGGGUCUUCCGGUACCACCACGAACUUGGAGAAUCCAACUCCCAAAGCAACGACGUGUGGUUGAAACGCACGAGGAAUUGUAA